CCCAGUUACUCGCCUACAACUCCCGUCAUGUCCCGCACCUCCCGUAGCCCAUUAUUGCAGGCCCCGCUCCCCGCACUACAACUCCCGUGCUGCCCCGCGGCGCUUUUCCCGCGCUUUUUCGCUCCCCUCAGCGCCCCCCGGCCAUGAUGGCGGAGGCUCUGGAGCGCUGGCUCCGGGAGGAGAUGGAGCUGCCGCCCUCCGCCGUCCCCUCUCCGGCCGCGCUCCGCAGGCUCUGCUCCGGCCCCACAGCCCCCAUUUGGGAUUACAUCACCCGCCACGUCCAGAACCAGCGGAACGCGAAGAAGAUUCGAGGAAAUUUGCGCUGGUACAGGCACCUGCAGGAGCUGGAGGCCGCUCCGGCCCCGCCGGGCCAGCAGGGGGCGCUGCGAGCGGCCCUGGAGCGGCUCCGGAACGAGCUGCAGGACCUGGGGGACGCCAUUGCGGACGCACAGGAAACGGCGCAGCGCCUCGAGGCCUCGCUGGAGGAGGCGCAGAGCCGGCGGUGGGCGGAGCUUGAGCGAGGGGCGGAGCUUCGGCUGCUGGGGGCGGAGCCGGGCCCGGCUGGGCUGCGAGACUGCCACAAGGGGGCGCUGAGGGCAACCCAUAAAAGGCCGGGCCAGUCCCGGGGGGAGCUGUCGGCCAUCUUGGCUGCGGGGGCGGAGCCGGAAGUGCUGGUGUCAAUCAAGGCCCUGUGCAAGGCCAGGGAGGUGGAGCUCCAGAGGCCACACCCACACAGAGCUGCACAUCACCCCGGGAAGGCUCAGGAGGCUCCGGAUUGGUCAGAACAGGCUGAGGCUGUACUGAUUGGCCACAGCCCAGAGGCGGUGCUUUGGGCGCUGGAAGUCCUGGCCAAUCAGAGCACAAGAGCUCUCCUGGCUAGCCCCGCCCCCUCAGCUGAGGCUCCGCCCACCCUGAAGAGCCUCCUGCAGGAGCGCUGGGGGGCCGUGGGGGGGGUGUGGGCGGCGCUGCCCCCCCUCCUGUCCCUCCUGAGGGGGCAGCUGGGGACGCACCUGGAGCGGGGGAUGGGCACCGAUGGAGUCACCAGGCAGUUCCUGCUCCGGGAGGGGCUCUCGGCCUGCCGGGCCUCCCUGGGCCGGGCGCUGACCCAGCUGCAGCAGGAGCUCCAAAAUCCCCAAAAUCCCCCCCAAAAUUCGGCGCCAAAACCUCCAAAUCCGCAAAACUCAGCCUUUCCAAAAUCCCAGAAUUUGGACCCAAAAUCCUCAGAUUUGGCCUCAAAAUCAGCUCCAAAAUCGGCUCUAAAACCCCAAAAUUUUGAUCCUAAAUCCCCAAAUUUGGACCUAAAAUCCCCAAAUUUGGAUCCUAAAUGCCCAAAUCUGGCCCCAAAAUCCCCGGAUUUGACCCCAAACUCGGCCCUGGAGCAGCUCCGGCAGCAGCUGUGGAGGGGGAGGGGCCGAGUGCUCCAUUUGCAGCAGCGCCUGCGGUUCCUGAGCGCCACCACCAGGGGGCGCCGAGCGGCGCUGAAAUCGCUGCAGGAGCAGGUUGUAGGCGUGGCGCGGGCGGGGCCAGGCUCGGCCCCUCCCCCUCUGGAGGGGGCGUGGCUGCGGCGCCGGCAGCUGGCACUGGGAGCACUGGGAGCACUGGGAGCGGAGCCCCGUCCUCCGGCACAGGCCACGCCCCCUCUGUGGGGGCUGGCACAGGAGAUGGGUGUGGCACAGGGCUCGCUGCUGUCCCAGGCGGCCAUCUUGCGUCAGCAGCUCCGCCAGGGGUCGCUGCGCCUGCGCUGGGGGGCGGGGCCUGUCCUGGGGGCGGAGCCAGAGCCGCCGGCCUCACCCCCCCUCACCGAGGGUGUGGCCGAGCUGCUGCCCCAACUGCGAUUGGUCAGAGAAGACUGCGAGCAGAGAAUCAGGGACUGGCCCCGCCUCCAGGAGCUUGUCAGCCAAUGGUGGGCCCAGCCGGCUCAGUGGGUCCUGGCCACGCCCCCUGGCUGCGCCCCCUUCUCCCAUUGGCUGCAGUGCUGGAGAGCCGCCACCCACGCCCUGCAGGCCACGCCCACCCCCGAGGAGGUCCCGCCCACCAUUGGGAAUGGGGAGGAGUGAGUGUAGGAGGCUCCGCCCAUCUGAAGCACUCUGGAGGCUCUGAUUGGUUGGGAAUAAAAUGGUGUGGGGAAA